AGCAAAAUGGUCAGGGUGAGGGAGAUGUUCUCUCAUAUAUGUCUGGAGUUAGCUUGGGUGCUUGAUUGCCGUUGUGAAAUCAGAACCCUCGGAUCAACCCUACUCCUCGGCCAGAGCGUCCAGUGUGCGCUCUGAAUUUACGAACUGACAAUCUGACAAUGCUCUGAAUGUACGAACGCCCUGAGCGCUCUCUAGCACUCCAAAGUGAAUUUACGAACGCACCCUAUGAUUGAUCCUCAGUGCAUUGAUCAUGGGAAGGUGUGCAGCCGACGCAACGUGAUGACGUUAUAUUAUACCGCCAGGAUAUGUGAUCGAGAACUGACAUUUUUCUUAUCUUGCUUUUAUGAAUCUUUUCACGAAUUACUACACCACGACAUAAGCUCGUCGUUUAAACACAACCAUUGACCCUGUCCCCUCGCCAUGGUAGAGGAUGACGAUUUAACGCCAAAUCUUAUGUCAAACCAAGUGUGGCGCGGCAAUGGCGAGUUUGUGCCUCCAGACGGAAUAUGCUGGGUGUCUGUACUGUCCUGUUUGCUGCUUGCCUGCUCCUACGUCGGGAGUUUAUACGUAUGGAGAAGUGACUUACCCAGAGACCACCCGGCCGUUAUCAAGAGGAGAUUCACUAGUGUCCUGAUUGUAUCUGCCGUGUCGCCUGUCUUCGUGUGGGCAUGGAAAAUGUACACUGGUGUGAUGCCUGGUCCCUCGUUGCUGGCUCUGAUGGGCAUUCGCUUUGAGGGCCUCAUCCCAGCCAUCAUACUGCCUCUGCUCCUCACCAUGGUGCUGUUCGUUGGCCCCCUGAUCCAGCUGGCUAUGGACUGCCCCUGGGGCUUCAUAGAUGGGAUACGGGUGACCUUUGACCCGUGGUUCUGGGCUCUGUGCCUCAGUGACAUGCGCUGGCUGAGGAACCAGGUGGUGGCCCCUCUGACUGAGGAGCUGGUGUUCAGGGCCUGUAUGCUGCCCAUGCUGGUACCCUGCACCAGUCCUUCCACUGCCAUCUUCACCUGCCCCCUCUUCUUCGGAGUUGCCCACUUCCAUCAUGUGAUCGAGCUGCUGCGUUUCAGACAGGGCACCCUUUCUGGGAUCUUUCUCGCUGCAGUAUUCCAGUUCUCAUACACCGCUGUCUUUGGAGCUUACACUGCCUUCAUAUUCAUCAGGACAGGUCACCUGGUGGGGCCGGUGCUGUGCCACUCGUUCUGUAACCACAUGGGCUUCCCUGCCCUUGGCAUGGCCCUGGAGCACCCCCACCGUCUCACCGUCCUGUCCUGCUACUUGCUGGGGGUCCUCCUUUUCCUUCUUCUCCUCUUCCCCCUCACAGACCCCAUCUUCUACGGCCUUCCCACCCCCGUCUGCACCCUGGCCUCCGUCCCCAGUUCCCUCUGCGUCUCCUGAUCCCACCCCCACCAAACACCCCUCUGUAUUAGAUGGACCGAUCCACUGAGCGGGUCGCCACCACCAGCCGAAAGGAGGAGUGGUCCAAGAACGAGUGGUGUUUUAGCUCUUCGGUCAUGCCCGCUUGAGUCUGAUUUCUCUGGUGGGAUGUGGGAAGGUGAGCAGAGGUGAGGGUUUAGGGUAUGUCAGGUAUGGACACUCAAUGCUAUGGGUUGUCUCUACUAUAUAUGCUGCUGGGGGGGAGCAGGGUAACUUAAAUAGCCAUUCCUUAUGUUCAGGUCGCAUUGGCUUUCAGUCAGUCAGUUAGCCAGUCAGUCAAUAGGCUGGCCUAUAUGGUCUGUAGUGUAGACUCAACAAGGAACACUAUCUGGCUGUGACGUGAGGCGCUGUAGUAGUAAUACUCUGGAGAUUCGUGGUGAAUACGUCAGUGUUUUCAUAGGUCCUAGAUGCUGAAUACGAGUAUUUAUUUACACAUCUGCAUGUUUCUAUAAUGUAAUGUUUAUUUGUUUUACUGGUGGGGGACGUUGAGGGUUGGGCAGGAUUGUUACUAUUGUAAAGGGUUGGAUGUGCAGACUUUUUUUCCCAUUACCUCUUCUAUGACAGUUUAGCCACAAUUCUCUCAGCUUUUAGCUCAAGCUGAUAUGUGAAUUGGCUGCAAAGCCUUUCUAUCCAACUGUUUAAGAUGCCAGACAAUUCGUGUUAGGCGAUAUCACAAAGGGUACAGUCUUUACCCAGCCCUGUGUUCAAUCAUUCACUCUAGUUGACGCUCAUUCCAAAUAUCCAUUCCAAGUAAUGCAAACAGAAGCCUAUAAUCACUAAGCUAACAAUACCAUUGCUCAUUUGUUGGGCCAGGAGUAUUUCCCUGACCAUGUGAACCUGGUCAGGAAAAAAACUCUGGGCCCCUACCAUUCGCUUCACACACAGUUCUACCCAGGGUUAUCCAUGUUAAUUUUAUUUGAGUGUUUAAAGGGGGAAUUACCUUUAAGCUGGGGUGCGAUGACAGACCGUUUCCCCCUCAAGGGACUCAAAACCCUCUAGAACACUCAGGUGUUUUCAUAUAUAUGUAGUUUUGAAUGCUAUCUACCCACUACUUAGCAUGCUGCUACAUGGUGCAAUACGGAUGUCAGACAAGACGGCGCGUUUACAUUCUUCGCGCACACCAAGCUAUACUCCAAAAGAAGUUUAUGUACAGACUCCGACAGUGUUACAUCGCAAUGUUUAUCCACUUACUCACUCAUCUCAACUGAAACUUUGCAUAGUUUUUUUGAAAAUACUUUACUUAUUUGACCAGGCUGUGAACAUUGUAGUCCAUUUCACUGUAUAGACAGCUGGUUUAGGUGAAAAUGUGGCUUUUAUUAUUUUUUUUAAUCAAAUUUUACACGUAUUUAGCAGAUGUUACUGCAGGUGUAGCGAAAUGCUUGGUGGUUUGUGGAUUUUUACGGGGAACGCUAAUGGACUUUUUACCCUUUUUAUGAACCCGGCGCAAUACUAUGUAACAACUCCAGUUGACUAGACCAGAAGUGUAGAGUGGUUUAUAAACUAGAAGAUUGCAUCACACUGAAUGUAUUGAAAUGUGAUGUCAAGGUAAAUGGAUUAACUAAUCAUUUUGUAAACAGACUCCACUGUGUAAAUUGGAUCCAUAUUUUUCGAGAGGCCCCUGCAAAAGGCUCUUAACAUUCACUGACAGAAAGAUAGAUCUGUGAAGCUUUCUACCACAGCAGCGAGGAGUUGUCAGUCAGCAUGUGUACUGUAUAAUCUAUGAAGUAGUUACAUUACGCUCUUCAGCAAUAACUUAGUGGAUGGAAAAGGACCAAAAUCAGGGAAUUAUCUGAAAUAGCUGUAUAUAUGUGAAUAAUAAAGUAUAUAUGCCCAUUCCUGUCGUUUAGAGAUGAAAUGUUAAAUACUAUGGUGCUUGGAGGUUUUGACAUCAGAAUAAUGAUCAGCCAUUAUUUUGAGUAGAUUGUUUGUUUAAGCCGACCUCAGAUGGGCCAUAUAUCCCCAAGUUGAAGGUUUUAAUAUACAUUCUCUUGAAUGAACCUGCAAGGUGCAUGCAUCUAGACCAACUGUAAUGAUCUAAAAUGUACGCCAGAGAGCGCCAGAGUACCAUGUCUGGGUGUUGUGCUGUAGAAAUGUGAAUCACAGGAACCUGGGCCCUUCGCACAUCUGUUCAUUAAGUUACUCUGAUGGGUGGUCAUCCUUCACUUGAAAAACCAAUCAGUUCUUUUUUUAUUCUGUUAUUUCCUCUUCCUCUCAUCAGACGGCGCCCCGUCCCAAUAGAGAAGUUGGAUAUAGUCCUAGAGAGGAAAGGGGAGUUUGACCCGGAGAACUUAGAUAGCUACCUGUCUCUCUGUUGCGCAUUCUCUCUGAUCAAUUAAACAAAGACUCUAGCCUUUCUUUUUCGAGUCAAACUCUAAACUAUCUGCCUGUCUCCGUCUCACAUCCAAAAUGAUGCCCUUGAAUGUUUUGGCCUGAGGCGUUGGCCUAGCCCCUACAAAACCAUUUUGGGAGUUCAAUCAAUCACCGGUACGCAGAAUCAGAGAUGUUUACCCCUACAGAGACAGGCUUGUCAGGUUCAGGUAGCUGAUAAUUUACUUUGUUGUCGAAAUUCACACAUUCACGCCUCAAUGUCGAAGCUGUGUUGAAUUUGUAUUCGGUAGGGUCAGAAGAAGCACACGUAGAGAGAUGUUUCAUCUGCGCUCAACCGUUGUUUAUCAUUCUCCCACAUCAUCAACAUUGUCCCCUUUUGGAAAAUACAUUUUUUUGUGAAGAUUGUCCCUGGCUCGUAUUGUAUGGAUCCUGCCUUAGGAUUCACACUUCAGGCUACUUCUCACCACUGCUUUUACUUUAUUCUCCUGUCAUUGACUUGAAUUGAAAUCCGGUAGACAUAACUAGGCUUCAGAAAUGAUGACUCCACUUUCCUGCUGAAAACACUGUCACAUUGUAUGUGUUUUUUUCCCUCAUUUUUCUCUCAAAUGUCCUAGAAAAACAAUCGUAUCAACAGUACUCUUAAGUAGUGACUUCGAGUAUAUGCAUAGAGCGGAAACAUAGCAGUGGAUACAGGAAUAUAUAUAUAUAUAUAUUUUUGUAACUGAAUAUGUAGCUCUGCUAUUUUAGUAAAACCACACAACAGAAUGAUUUUAAAGCUUGGAUUUUUCAGACUCGUCGAAUACGUGCUGUGACUCUGACCUGGUUGUAAAAAAAACACACACACACACACAAAAAAAACUAUAUUCAGAUGUUUUUAUUGAAGACUUUAUUUUGUAAAUUAAAUCUAUUUUGGUGACAUGGACUUGAAUGUACUGAUAUGUGCAUGUGUAUUUUGUGUGUGCAAUGCCAUUUUCUUUGGGAGACUUACCAGUCUUGAAUGGCCAUUGUUUUUAUGAUGACAAUCUUUUAUGGGAUCUUAUAGAAAUCGCACACUGCAACAAACAAAAAAAUCUCAGCCAUUCAGAAAUAAACGAGCUAAUUUUAUAAAUCCUC